AUGCCAAUUAAGAAUAGGAAGACGAGCUUAGGCCGACAAAAGAUCGAGAUUAAGCGGAUCGAGAGAGAGGAGGCACGUCAAGUGUGCUUCUCCAAGCGCCGCACCGGACUCUUCAAAAAGGCCAACGAGCUGUCCGUCCUCUGUGGGGCUAACCUUGCCGUCGUUGUCUUCUCUCCCGCCGGCAAACCCUUCUCCUUUGGCCACCCCUCGGUCGACUCUGUGCUUAACCGCUUCGUCUCCCCGUCGGCUGACCCUACUCCUCCUCCUCCUCCCUCGUUCCACGACGCCCGAGCGAUGACCGCCGCCACCUCGAUAGUCCCCGAGCUCGACCGACAGUACGCGGAGCUGGCCGAGCGGUUGGAGGGAGAGCGGCGGAGGAAGGAGGCGUUGGAGGCCGCGCUUCGGGCGCAAAGGGGUGACUUCGCCAGGCUCAUGCAGUCCAGUGUGGAGGAGCUGGGUGUGGCGGAGUUGGAGAGACUGCAGGCCGCGCUAGAUAGGCUGCGCUGGGACGCAGCGAGGAGGGUGGACCAGCUAUUGAUCGAGGCGCAGACCAGGAGCCUAAUUUUGGCCGGCGAUGCUGGCAGUGUCAGCGGCGGAGCAUAUCUUGGAGGAGGAUUCAUUGCUGCGGCGGCGGCGCCGCCUCAGGGGGGCAAUAAUAUUGAUAUGCCGCGUGUUCAUCAAAUGGUACUAUCACUUAGAGAUAGUCUCGUUCUCAACUUUUCACAUUUAAAAUUAAUUUAUUUCAUGCCAUCCUUUCACUUCCUAAACAGUUUCCUUGUUACUUGUAUCUUAUAG